CUCAUUGCCUAACAGAACUUCGUCAAGCAUGGGACAUGUGUUAUCUCUGCCUAAGAAGACAUGGCUGCUGUCCCCACUCUGCAGAUGAGCAAAUUGAAGCUCCCAGAGAAAAUUACUGGCAUUACUUUGUACCCUUAAUUUGGUACCAGGAAAGAUGGGAAAAGAUGAUGAACAUUUUAGAAGCUGGUUUCUCCCCACCGUGGAAGGGGUUGGAUGAUGUACCUCGCUCUCUGGGACACCCCACUUGGCUGUAAUCUCAGGAAGGCCUCUUAAACCCCGGCUCAUCCCGCAGCCACUUCUGGAAGCUACUUGAGAGGAAAAAAAAAAAAUGAUGUGACAGGUCCUCUCAGGAAGGAUUUUCAGAAACCCAGCAUCCGCAGAAGAAAGUGGCCCAUUUCCCUUUUGCAAAGUAGACAUUCUCGGAUCCCAAAAUGCCAGCCAAGACACCGAUUUACCUAAAAGCUGCCAAUAACAAGAAAGGCAAGAAAUUUAAACUGAGGGACAUCUUGUCCCCCGAUAUGAUCAGCCCUCCCCUCGGAGACUUCCGCCACACCAUUCACAUUGGCAAAGAGGGCCAGCACGAUGUCUUCGGCGACAUCUCCUUCCUACAAGGGAACUAUGAGCUGCUCCCGGGGAACCAGGAGAAAGCGCGCCUGGGCCCCUUCCCUGGGCACAGCGAGUUCCUGCGGGCCAACAGCACCUCCGACUCCGUGUUCACAGACACGCCCUCCCCGGUGCUCAAAAACGCCAUCUCCCUCCCAACCAUCGGAGGGUCCCAGGCACUCAUGUUGCCCUUGCUGUCGCCGGUGACAUUUAGUUCCAAACAGGAGUCCUUUGGGCCGGCCAAGCUGCCCCGGCUCAGCUGUGAGCCGGUCGUGGAGGAGAAGGCCCCAGAGAAGAGCGGUCGGCUGGAGAACGGGACAGGCCACCAGGGAGAUGUCUCAUGGGGCUCCAGCGGCUCCGCGUCACAGUCCAGCCGGGGCAGGGACAGCCACUCCUCCAGCCUCUCCGAACAGUACUCUGACUGGCCGGCCGAGGACAUGUUGGAUCAUCCCGCCCCGUGCCAGCUCGUCAAGGAGAAGACGAAGUCAGAGGAGUCCCUCUCUGACCUCACGGGUUCCCUCCUCUCCCUGCAACUCGAUCUGGGGCCUUCCUUUUUGGAUGAGGUGCUGAAUGUCAUGGAUAAAAAUAAGUAAUGGACACCGCGGACUCUUGUCCUUUGGGGGAAAAGGUAUCAGAAAAUAAAAACUGAACUAACCACAGUCAAAGAGAAGAGCUUCACUGGCUAUGUGUGCAGUUGUGUGUGAUGAGUUUUCUAAAAUCAUGUUCCUACGAAAUAUUUUUUGUACCUGUGAUGCCCUGUUUGCAAAAACAAUUAGGAAAAAAAAAACAAAAAACAAACAAACAAAAAAAACCCCGUCCUGGCAGAAAGGAAGUGAGUCAGUCAGAACCCAUUUUCGGCGGGCAUUGCUAAUGUUCAGCUCACAUUUUUUUGUUUCCAGAAACGUAGAACUCUGGCUCGGCCAGGAUUGGCACUAGCUACGAAGGGCUGCACACGUCCCGUUAAAGAACUUGACAAUACUCCAGCAUUUUCUGAGCAAGAAGAAGUCAAAAUUUAAUACCUAAGCCUUUUUUUCUAGACUCUUUUCUAUAUUACCUUAUUUGGGCUCACCAUAGCGAAUUCUUCAGUGUUAAAACUGUUCUCUGUUUUCACAUUUGAACAACUCUAUGGGUUCGGGGGAUUUUCUCGUAGCUCUUACAUAUCCCGAUAUAUUCUAUCUAUAUCGCGCAAUUUUGACCGUCAGCUACAUGUUGGUAAGACACAAGCGAAGUAUUACUGUAACUAAGUUAUUUUUAAAGUUAAAAUAUAUUUUUAUGUGCCUUUGGCUUUUUAUUGCAGAGUCUACAUUUUAUAGCUCCUACAUCAGAUGUUGUCAUUUGACUUAUUUCCAUUGGGGUUCCAUUGUAAGCUGCGUAUGUAUAUGUUUGGAAAAGUGUAUUCAUACUUAGCUUUAUUUCUUUCUCUUCAUCUGUUAGCGUACUUUUCACAGCAUCCAGCAAUGGAUUGUUAAGUUUAAAGGCAUAGGUUACUCAUGAUGCUUCUGCAGAGACUGUGGGCUACACCAUAUAAUGUUAUUUGGAAGUAUAGGUAUUUUAGUACAGUACAUUCUUGCAUUACAUAGGUACUUCAUGCGACACAAUAAAGAGUAAAUGUUAAAAUGAAAUUGCUUGUUUAUAGUAAUAACAGGGCUAGAAAAAUGGCUUCUCUAAAGUGUAUGUGAGCCUUUAAAAUAAGAGGCAAUUUUCAUCCACUCUACAGUUUUGAUUUUUUGCCCAAAGGUUUGAGAGUCCAGAAACAGGACCCUUCAGUUUUAGGAAAAAUGAACAUGUGAGAUCAGAAUUUUUAAGUCAACACUUAGGCCAGCCUUUUAGUAUAUGUGCUGCCGAAGCAAGCACUAGGCCAGCCUUUUAGGACUCAUUUCUAUGAAUCUCCUAACCUUACAUUAACACACUUUGUAGCAAGCUCUUGUAACCCCAGUCCCAUCCUUGUUGGACAGAUGUUUCCUUGCUGCAGGUGCCAUAUAAACAAGAUUAAGGAGGCUAAAAAGAAGGCAGUAGAGAACAUCCUCCCCCCAUAAGGAGAGAUGCCUGAGGACGUCAGUUAAGGAAACAGGAAGAGGAAAUGUACACAGUUCCUGCCCUGCUGUCAACCACCCUUCUUGUCCCUUCAAAGUCCAACACUUGCACAUAAUAACUUUCAUUUCUCCUAGAACUAUAUCCCUGAAAUGACUUCCUCUCUCAAAUACGUCAAUGAUUGUCCCACCUGGUUUGGAGUUGUUGCAAUUCUAACAUCUGAUGGCCUGAAACAAUCUCUGAACUUAGCAGGGACACACAAGACAACUCAACAACUAGAAGAGGAAACCAGUUUCCCUGGAGCACAGAGUACCUGCCUUAACUUCCCAGCUGCAUUUCUAGCCCACGAUUUUCUAGCAUUCUUUCUCUGUUCCAGAGCUUUUGAACACUCUUCAUCUUUAUUCAUGGUCAUGUUUAUUCUCAUUUUACUCUUCAUCUGCAGCAUGACCUCAAGGAGAAGAUAAACUACUAGGUGAAACAGUAAUGUUUGCGUAUUUCCUUUGUUUGGGUUUGUUUGAUAGAAUCUAAGUAAUAAUGCAUCCUUGCUGGUAUUUAGCUAUAUUACACUUUCUCUGCCCCCUCUCACAGACAGGCUCCCAUUAAGUUCGGUGUAAUUGAGAGGGCACAAACAUGCCCCUGUCACAGAGGAAAUAGAGCCACAUCCUGCUUAUGAUUUUGUUAAGUCAUUUCUCCAUGGCAGCCCUUCUAAUACCUGGUUCUUUCUCCAAGGAGCAGGUGCAGAGCUGGUGGUGGCUUUCUGCAAAAAGGCGCUUUGAACUUGGCACCUGCUGAGAGCUGAAUUGAUGUUCUCAGUCUGUGAACAUCCUCCCACUUUAAACCUAAUGGAUCAAGAUGCACGUUAUUUGCAAAUUCAGAAUGAUGAGCCACCUGUAACCCAACAACCAGAAAAGACACCAUGCAAUUUGUGUGAAAUAGAGACUCUGUGUUGUAGGCAAGGUUCUUGGAGGUGAUCUUUUCCUUGGGUGAGGAGACCUAACAGAGGACAUGCUCUAUUACUUCUGCCUCAAAUUAUUUGCUUAAAAAAAAAAAAAAUCAAAACAUCAGGAUACUUAGCUCUUCCCAAAUACAAAGCCAUAAUUAACACAUUUCAUUGAGUCAGGCCCCUGGCAACAAAUGCAGAAGACUAAACUGGUUGAACAGAAACCCAGGUCUCCAGAGUCAUGGUCUCCAUUAUGUUAUUCAUACUUAGAGUUUUUUAAGUCUCUGCACAAAAAUGCUUGAAGUCAUGGAAUGGAGAAAGUCAUGAAUCCAUUAACUUGAUAAAUGUUUUUAAACAGACAAAAAAGUAUACAUUCCAUGAUGGCUUUGCUCCUCCUAAUAUGAAGCCUGGUGAGACUGAAUCGUUUUGUUGUGAAACAUACAAACAAUAAAGCAAGUUGACGUGA